AAACCAAUAACUGUCAAUGAAAGCAGUGCCAAAGUAAACGGAGAGAAACAAAAAAAAACGCGCUAAUAAAAUUUUCAACGGAAUAUGCCAGCGAGCUCAACAUCGUCACCGUCUUCAAAAGAAGAAGACGAAAAGCACACUUCCGCAGAUGAAGACGUCACUCCGACUGCUUCUCCGUCGUUAGUGAAGUCUGAAGUUGUCAAGGAGGAGGAAAAUGAUGACGCCGAUAGAACGUUGACUAUGCCAUCCACUAGUCAGGACAUUCAGCCUGAGUCAUCUCCUGCACACGGUCGAUCAGCUCCGUCAAGCCAAGAAAUCACGUCUCCACCAACUGUAAGACGAGUAGCUACGCCGCUCGAGGCGGCGGAGCAAGAGUAUUAUUAUUUCACAACUGAUAUGAUAAACCAAGCUGCGUUGGACAUUGAGCGAGAAAAGGAAAAGUUCGACUCGCUAAUUACCUGGUAUAAACUUCAACGUGACGAUGUGCCGGCACUCGGAACAAGCUCCGUAGGAAAUUCAACAGCUCCAUCCUACGUCAGUGAGAAAGGCUCAACAACGCCAAUGUCUUCUCAGCCAUCAUCACAUCAAAGUGGAACAAGCAGUACGAAUGGGGCGCACGGUGGUCUCAACGGUUUUUCAUGCAGUCCAUUUGGUCUCGAGAAUAACCCUCGAUCAAAUGAUCCGAUGCAGUGCAUGAGUUCACCAGUCGAAUUGGAUGAAAUCUGUCCAACACUGGAAGAUUUUAUGUCAUCAGCGGCGUCUUCAUCAACUCCAUCGACAUCAUCUGCACCACAAAUGAACCAGAACCAGAAUACCCAUCCAAAUUCGAUAAAUCAUCAUCAUCAGCCGGACACCAGUUUAUUAAUGUUAAAUAAUCAUCAUUCGAGUCCUUUAAAUCAGCUGAGUUUCAACCAUCAAAUGCCAUCAACAUCGAACUCGAACCCACCUUCAAAUGCAUCUCUAAAACGAAGAGCAACUGAAGAAUUCGGGAAUGAUGGUCCAAUGAAGCAAGCGAAAAUUGAAGGAUCAGAGAACGACAAUAAUCCAAUGAGAAAGCUGGAGAUGAUGGCGAAUUCUUCGAAUUUUAGAGGUGGAAACACUAUCAAUGAAGUCGUAGAAGCUAGCAAAAAAGACGAACGUACGCUAAAAAUGGAAAAACUAGACGUCAUCGGAAAGUCAGUCGGAGAAGAGUUUGCUCAACAAGCCCGCGAAGCUCAAAUGAGGCAAAUGCAACAAGCAGCCGCUGCCGCAGGAUCAAUGCCACCAUCCUACCCAUCACCUGGACAGUAUCCAGGACCAAUGCAUUAUCCGGGAAUGCCACCAAUGAUGCCACCCGGAGCACCAUUUUCUGCAGGAGCCUCGUAUCCACCAAUGGGCGGACCAUUCCCACCGAAUCCAUAUGGAAUGCAUCCCGGAAUGACUCCAGGAGGAUAUCCUAUGUCUGCACCAGGAAAAAUGCCGUUCGGAUCCCCAUCAUUCCCUCAAAGUGCUCCAUCACCAGCAGCGAUGGCUGCAAUGCAACAAGGUAGAAUGCCAGGACCACCAAUGCCACCCCAUAUGAUGACACCUCAGCAACAACAACAUUUCAUGCAAAUGCAGCAAGCUCAAAUGGCUCAUUUCAAUGCUCAAAAAGCUGCCGCUGCUGCAGCAGCCGCCGGAAUGUCUCCUGCAGCUCGGGCGUCACCAAUGGGUGCCUCACCGUCUCCCCAUCAUCCUCAUCCUUCCCAAUUCCCACCGAAUCAUCCGGCCAAUCCAAUGUAUCACCACCACAUAAUGAUGAUGAGAGCAAUGCAUGCACAAGGUGGGCAGCCAGGACAUCCAGGAAUGAUGCCACCAGGGAUGAUGCCGCCCGGAAUGAUGCCGCCCGGAAUGAUGCCACCUGGCAUGCAUCCAGGUAUGGCCGGUAUGCCACCAAUGCAUCCAGGAAUGCAGGGAAUGCCGCCGAUGCAUCCGGGAAUGCAAGGAAUGCCCGGGAUGCCACACGGACCUCCGCAACCUCCGCAAAAUCCCGCUCUCAUGGUUGCCGGAAAUCGAGCUGGCUCCGCAGAAGCUGCAGCUGCUCAAAUGGGCAAUCCACAUCAUCCGAUGAUGGGCGCCAAUAUGUGGCAAUUGACACCACACUAUCCACCACCUCUUCCAGCUUCUUCCAGUUCUGGAGCAGGAACGCCCGUUUCCCGAUGAUGAUUGUAUUUAGUAGUCUAGUAUAUUUCUUGUUGAAUGUUGUUUUAACUAUUUUACCCAAUCAACCUGUAAAAUGAAUAAGCUCAUCCGGAUAGUUUCCCCUUGUCCCCAAAUUGCUUUAGUCCCCCUAUCCCACAGCCGUUCUAGAUCUGCCUAAGCUACCGCAAAAUUCUCAAUAGAUUGAGAAGAUGCAAUUUUAGGUUUGAACUCAGCUCUACCUUCCCAUCACCCACCAAAAUCCUCACCAUUUGUAUUUUACCGGUAUCAACAAGUUUCUCCAUUCUCUUCCAUUCGCACAGAUACACAAAAUGAUUCUUCUCUAUACUGAGCUUUUCCUUCUUUGAACUUUUUCUCAUCAAAAUUGCCCUGUAUUUUAUGUUUCAUUUUCCAUCCAUACUUUUUCAAGUGACAUGGUUUCUCUUUUUUUUAAUUUCAUUGUUUUAUAAAAUUACAUCU